UCACAAAACAAAACAAACAUGAGAUGCAUUCUCAUUUUCGAUCAUUUAAAUGAUAUUUUAUACACUAAAUGUAACUCAAAGUUUAUUCAACAUGUCAGAAAAUUGGCGAAAAGUCAGGGCCUCCUGCCGCAGACUGAGUCGGCUGGAGAGGAAUCUAAGCUCAGUCCAAACAUUAUAAUUCAACUUUUCUCCCCUAUGGUAACAUCUCAGCGAGUGAUGAGCUGUCAGUUUGGUAAUUCCUACACCUUUAUUCAGUGUCAAGAUGGAACUAACAUGGUUUUUGAUGAGUAUAUGGGCUACCUCUUCAUUCAUAUUGGUAGUGAGGAGGUAAAUUGGCUGAAACGUGGACUUGGUGUUUGCAUUUCAUUUGUGAAACACCUCUGUGGACCGGAUGUGUCAUUACUCAAAAUCAAUCAAAGCCGUUCUGACCUUCUCACUCAGUUGAUGGAUACAUGGAUUUCCCUCCAAGAUUCUGAGCAAUGGCUUCUUGUGGAAGCUGUAGAACAGUUAACUGUCAAUGCCGAAUUAAGUGGUGCAACAUUAAAAACCUUACAAACAGCUGUGGAUAAAAUGCGGAGUGUAGACGAACUGCAGAGAGUUCAUGCAAUGAUAUUAGUACGAAACAAAUUUUUAUCUCUUUAUUCGAGCAAAAAUACUCAAGAUCUAUCUGCCGCAGAUCUUCUCUUUUUGAACAUUUUAACAGAAACUGUUCAUGAUAAAGAAUCUCAACCGAAAACAAACACAACACAAAGCGACAGUGGACUAAGUGGUGAAAGCAGUGAUGAAUUUUACAGCCCCUCUGGUAGUGCUGAGAGUAGUCCAAGUGUUAGCCCUAAACCCAUCAGACGUUUUCCAUCGUGUACACUGAAUGAAUCGGUCUCACCAAUCAGAGUGACUGUUAGUCAUGACUUAAUUAGUCAUCUGGUCCUCCUGAGUGGAGUUCCUUAUGCAGUUCAUAUGGCAAGCAUGGCUCCAGGUGUCACUCUAUUGCUAAUGGUGCAGACUCCAAUGGGUCCUUUGUGUAAUGGGCUAUCAGAUGCUUUACAAGCUCUAAAUGUGCUGCAGACUUUGCAAGUACAGAAAGAUUUGGACGGUGUAAAACUUGCUUUUGAAGCCCUUGAUGGCUCAAUGAAGCGUAGUCUUGAUGCUUUAAAAAAAAUUAAAGCUACCGCUUCUUCUAUAGAGACAUGCAGUUCGAAAUUGCAAGGCCUGUGGGAUUUCAUCAGAAGGAAGUAUAUUGAGUAUAUGAAGACUACUGAGCCAGAUUGUCUCUUGAGGAUUGAAUCCAGCUCUGCAGGAUUUCAAUCUUUGCUCUGUGAACUUCUGUGGAGAACAUGCCUUGACUCAAUAGCUCUACGUGCUGCUGUGUCUGGUAUAGAGUCAGGAGCAGACCAUGUCAGAAAAGGCCUACAUGAUUUCAGUAGUUUCCUUCAAGUUAAAGCUCUCUGCAACUUCACUCUAGGAUCGAGAGCUUCCCUAACCAUCAACAAGUAUUUAGAGGAAUUCCCUGGUUUGGUUCACUUUAUAUAUGUUGAUCGAUCAAAUCACCGAGUCACAGCUCCUUCCUUGGAUUUUUCUGCGCAAGAAACAGUAACACUCACAAAGAAAAAAAUAUGGUGGAUGGUGGAGCUGAGCAGAUCUCAUUUGCAGGAUGGCCAUUUUGCUCUGAUGUGGAAAGACACAACAUUUAACUAUGCAUACUUUCUUUGGUUUGAAGAUUCAUCAGGUUCUCCUUUAAAACCUAAAGUUCUCCCAACUUCAGCAUUGAAAAAUUUUCCUCUACCUGGUGUCAUGUGUGGUGACUUUUACUCAAAACUAAUUGAAUGCUGCUUUCCUAAAACAUCACCCAACAAAAUUCGAUGCUUUGAGCUUAUGUGCAUACAUCUGGGGCUUGCAACAUCUUCGUGUGUUCUGGAACAUUCUAGAAGAUUAGCUGCAACAAUUUGGGAAGUAACAGGCAUGCCAGGUAGUCCAUUAGACCUUUUGUAAAUAGGUGUGCUGGGCAUUAGAAACCAACAUUGCUCGCAACCUACUUUGUGAACAUUCCAUGACAACAUGUAACUUUAUGUAACUGCAUAAAAUACAGAAAUUAAUUAUUUUAAAAGCAAAAAGUUGUACAUUUUCAACUGACUAUUUUGUUGUACUUAUUGACAUACGUAAAGUGAAAGUUUAAUGCUCCUAUUUUAAGUGAAAGGUUAUCUAAUGUGCCAUCAGAAAAAUUGUCAAAAGGCAUGGCAGGCAUGUAUCUGUGACCCCGUUCAAGCAAAUGCUGGAUAUGUGCCUCAAAAAUGGUUUGCCUAAUUCUUUUAGUCCACAAAGUUAUCUUUUGUGUGUGAUUUGCAGAAAAAACAAUUCUCAGGGUGCUCCAACAAUGUCUUCACUUCACGUUGUCUUCACUUACAUUUAAUCAUAUAAAGUGAAUAUAAAGUGAAGACAAAGUGAAGCAAGGUUUUAUAAAGGCUGACUUUACUUAGUUUUCACUUGAGCUUCACUUAAUAUUCACUCAAAGUGAAGUGAAGACCAAGUGACGCUAACUGAAGACUGCAUUGUAGGAGCACCCUCAAUUUAUCAUCUCAUCCAAAAUAUUGUUUGUUAUAAUUUUUGUAUGUUUUUCAUAGAUUAGGUCAUUAUAAUCUCAUACAACUCAUUGUAAUACAUAUUUAUGACUAAAUGCUUUUUGUACUCCUAAAGUUACCAUUUGAUAUUUCAAUUCAAAUGUAAACAAUUAAUUUUGUUCAACUAAAAUUUGUUCUCUCAACAGUGAAUGGUUGUCAAUAUAGGUUAAUUUUGUGAUGCUCAUGGUGCCAUAAAAAAUGAUGAUUGUUAUUUUAGAGACUACAAUUUUCUUUCUAAGUGAGUCUUGUUAAUGCUUUCCAUGCAGUUAUGAUUUUAAUGUUAAAAAUGAUUUUAAACCACACUAAACUUAAAGAAAUGUUUGGUGCUGGCAUACAGUGCAUUCAUACCAGUGUAAGAUUCUUUCUUGAGGUCCACAUAUGUGAUACAAAUUAUAUCUCGGCAUUUUAAGUUAAGAGUAAGUUACCUAUUAUGUUUACCCAUAGUACAAAAUAUUAUUGCAGUAUUUUAUAUGAGGGACUCAAGGGUAAUAGUGUCAUGGCCGAUGUAACCAAAAUAUUAUAAACUGGCCUAAAAUCUACUUUAAUUAAUUGAACUCUAUUAAAGAUGAGAAUCAGAUUCUUUAAUUGUUUGUGGGAUGUGAAUUUCUCUAGAAUUGGUAAACGAUAAGUUCCAGUAACAUUUUGUCAGGAUAGAGUUGCUGUAAAACUUAAAUGGUCUAAAGUAUUAUCAGUAAUAGGAAUACUGUAAUUGGAAAGACUGUUCCUGUGCCAUUUUCACAUGUAGUCUCUACUCUAGAGAAUAGCUGAUUUGACUUGGUGCAUGUGCAUAUCACAAUGAAAUUCACAUACCUCACAAAAAUCCUGUGUUUAUUCUAAGACUAGACACGAGAAGUCAGAUUUUCGGUGAGAGGUUUUUAUUACAUUUUGCAUACAGUAUUUCUCAAACUUAAUUAUCACAAAUAAAACAAAUUGCUUUAGUAUGAA